AUGCCCGCCAGCUGGACAGCACCGCCAUGGUCCGCCUCCAUCCCAGUCCCAGAGCAGAAGCUAGGCCUGGUGGUCACCGCCGACGGCCUCUACGUCCUCCCGCGCACCCGCUCCCCCGCCGAGCUCAACCACGCCCACCGCUCGCAUCACGGUCACGCCCACUCGGCCUCGACCCCCGCCACCACUGCCUCGGCCCCGCCGACCGACGUCCAUAGCAAGGGCAGCAGUGCCGGCAGCAGCAGCAGUAGCAGCAGCAACAACAACAACAACAGCAACAGCGGCAGCGGCAACAACAAGUUCAACCCUUUCAGCGCCGCAAAGCGCCUCACCAAUGCCAGCCUGGGCCUACGUCUGGCCGCCAGCCCGUCGCCCUCGCCCUCGACAUCGCACACCGCCUCGCCAGCCGUACAGACGAGCUCCUCGCCUCUUCCCGAUGCAGUGCGAAUAGGCUGGGGCAGGGAAGGAGGGCUGGACCGCGUCCCCUACUCGCAAUGGAGCUCCCUCUUCGACGGGCAACGGGACGGCGCUCCAACCGCCGAGCCAUCGACCAGGGCCGAGACCGAGUUCGAGGAACUGCUCGUCCACGGCAUCGUCGGCCUCGAGCGCCUCUUCAACCGCGCCUACCUCUUUGUCGUCACCGGCCGCAAAGAGGCCGGCGAGAUCGGACACCCGUCCCGCAAAGUCUUCUGCUGCUCUGGAGUCCUCGCCAUCCCGCUCGACGAGGAAAAGGCCCGCGAGCUCAUCAGAGCGCAGAUCGCAAAGGAAAAGUCGCACAGCUCGUCGUCGGCGGCGGCGACGGCGGCGGCGGCUGCGGCUGCGGCCAAGGAGGGGCAGAAGGGGUCGAGCGGAGGCGAUGACGACGACGACGACGACGACGACGGGUCUACCGAGGACGACGAGAGCGAUACGGAAGACGACGACGAGGACGUCAUGGACGACGUCGAGACGCCUGCUGCCAUCCCGCGCGAGCCGUUCUUCUCCGACCGACAGCUUGGGUCCGGCUCCGCGACGGUCCGCGCUCCCAAGUCGAGGCCGUGGUCCAAUCGGGACAACGUGCGCACGUUUUCGCAGAGUCGGCUUGGGACAGUCGAGACGCACGAGCACGAGGCUGGCUCGGGCGAGACGGACGAAGUCGACCUGCCCACGUCGGACCCUCUUGCGGCAAAGGGCGAGAAAGGUGAGGCAGGCAACGAGGGCGAGGGCGACGACGCGCAGCAGGUGCAGCAAGACUCGGCGGCGGAAGCGGCGUUGUCGCCGGACGCCUCGCCAGACGAGCAAUGGCGGCAGGCGACGCGCAUCGAGCUCGAAGAGAAAGUGGUCAAGGAGACGAGCAAGCACUUUGCGCGGGGCGAGUUCUGGUUCGCCUACACGUUUGACCUAACCACGUCGAUGCAGAAAAAGUACGACGCCCUCGCCGCCGCUCAACAGCAGCCGCAGCAGCGCAAGACGGCGGCGGCGGCGGCGGCGGCAUCGUCAGCCCAUCGAGAGGCCGGGUCCGAGACGACGGCAACGGCAACGGCGACGGCAACGGCGACGGCGACGGCAACGCAGCGUCCGCUCAUGGACGAGCCCCACGCCAACCUGGCGCUCUGGAGGAGGGUGGACCGCCGUUUCUGGCACAACGAGCACCUCUGCCGCGAUCUCAUCGCCGCCGGGCUCGACGCCUUUAUCCUACCACUCAUGCAGGGCUACCUGCAGAUCGUCCCGCUGCCCCUCGAUUCGAUCGCUGGCGACGAUGCCGACGAACCAGCGGCCGUCGCGGGCGAAGCGUCUUCGUCGGCGAUGGAGACUGAGACCGAGAUGGAGACGGAAGUAGCGCCCGCCGCGACGCUGGUGGUCAUCUCGCGACGGAGCAAGGAACGCGCCGGGCUGCGGUACCAGCGCCGAGGGAUCAACGAAGCGGGCCAGGUGGCCAACUUUGUCGAGACCGAGCAGAUUCUCUUCCUCGACCUCCAUCCCGCCUCUCCUCCCUCGUCAUCAUCGUCGACGACGACGUCGAGCGCGAUGGCGACGGAGGGUACGGCGCACCUCUUCUCCUUCUACCAGAUCCGGGGCUCGAUCCCGCUCUUCUGGUCCCAGUCGCCCUUUUCGCUCAAGCCGCCGCCGGUGCUCGAGCGCGCCCAGGCCGAGAAUGACGAGGCGUGCCGCAGGCACUUUGACGUCCAGACGCGCCGGUACGGCAAGCUGGUCUGCGUCAACCUAGCCGAGCAGGGCGGCAAGGAGGGUGUCAUCUCGAAGCGCUACCGCGAGACGGUGCAGCGCCUCGCCGCCUACGCCGACGAAGGCGAGCUCGACCGCGACGACGCCGUUGUGGCCGGGACGGGCCCUGCUGCGACCACCAAGAUGGUCGGGUACCGCGACUUUGACUUCCACAAGGAGUGCGCCGGGAUGAAGUUUGAAAACGUGCAAAACCUCAUCCGCGAUACGGCAUCGACGCUGAGCCACUUUUCCUUUUUCCACCUCUGCUCGCCCUCGCCCUCGCCCUCGUCGACGCGGGCCGGGGGCGCCCAACACGAGGUCCGAUCGAGACAGAGGGGCACGUUCCGCACGUCAUGCCUCGACUGCCUGGACCGCACCAACGUCGUCCAGUCGGCUUUUGCCCGCGUCGUGCUCCAGGGCUGGCUCGAUGGCGUCGGCAUCGGCGGUCAGGCAUCGGCCUCUGAGUCCUCCUCCUCCGCCGGCGGCGAGGGGCCAAAGUGA